AUGGACCCAACACAGAAGUUUAAUCUGACCUUAAAGUCUUCACAAGUGGUCACCGAAGAAACUUACCCGGACGAUGCAGGGGCCUCUCAACACUUUUCAGAGACAUUGAUAAAGCACCUUAGUAAGCUGACUCUCAACACCAGUACUGAAUUCCCUUCCUCUGUACCAGAGGGUUCACUGCGUCAGCAGUCUGCGGAAGAAGCAUUCCUCAGGGAAAUCGAAGACGAGUUGCCUUACAGCAGGAAAAGAGUAAGAACGUUGCUGUCUGUGAACAGAGAAAGGCUGGCGAGACUCAGAUACACGCUACUUGACAGAAGUCCUAGGGAUGCAUUAAGAAGAAAAAGGUUCAUAUGUCCCUGCAGUUUCUGCGAGUCUAGCGGAUGGGAUCCUUCUGAGAAUGCUAGAAUCGGGAAUUACGACACCAAGCCGCUUCAGCCAUAA